AUGUCCUUCUUCGACGACGUGCUCGCGCACCUUCCGUCCGAGGCCGCGCAUGUGAAAGAGGACGAAAAGUCCAUCAUGGCUCCUUUCGCGUACACCGCGCAGCACAAGGGCAAAGACAUCCGCGGUCGCCUCAUCGCCGGCCUCAACCUCUGGCUCAACGCCCCUCCCGACGCGGUGCAGGCCGUGGCGGAGGUUGUGGCGGGGCUGCAUGCGGCAUCGUUGAUGUUGGACGACAUCGAGGACAGCUCAGAUACGCGGCGCGGGCAGCCUGCCGCCCAUAUCGUCUACGGCAUCCCGCAGACCAUGAACGCGGGCAACUAUGCGUGCGCGAAGGUCUACGCAGACGUGAAGAAGCUGUAUCCCUUCCUGACUGCGAAGAAGCCGAGCCUGGAGGAUGUCUUGACGGAGGAGCUGCUAUCGCUUUUUCGAGGGCAGGGGCUGGAUAUCCUGUGGCGGGAUACGCACCGGUGUCCGACGGAGGAGGGAUACGUGCGGAUGAUCAAUGGGAAGGCGAGCGGCCUGCUACGUCUCGCAGCGCGCCUGCUAUCGGCGUGCGGAACGACGAACACGGAUAGGGACUACGUCCCCCUGAUGAACCUCGUCGGGAUAUUUGGGCAGAUCCGGGACGACUUCAUGAACAUCUAUAGCACGGAGUACACCAACACGAAGGGCUUCGCGGACGACAUCUCGGAGGGCAAGUACUCCUUCCCGAUGAUCCACGGCAUCCAGGCGAGUAUGGGGGACACUACGCUGGAAGACAUCCUGAAGCAACGCCCGACGACACCGACCCUCAAGGUGAAGGCGAUCGACUAUUUGACGGACGUGACGAAGUCCUACGACUACACGGUUGAUGUGAUGCAGAAGCUCGAGGACCAGAUGAGGGCGGAGAUCAGGCGCUUGGGCGGGAACGACAUCCUUGAGACGCUGGUCGACUAUCUACAUGUCGACCCUAGCAAAAUUGAGAGGCCACGGGUGUAG